GAGCCUGCAGGAAAUUGAGCGGGCAUGAUGUUGAUUCGGUCUAACUAUCUAUCAAUUAGAACCACCAAAAAGGGGGAUAGGGGAAGAGACGGCGUGACUCAUAUUGUCCACUAUUCACCACCAAAAUUAUGGCGUGCUUGAAUGAAAUGGAAUAAAAAAAAUGAGCAAUUGAAAACAUAUAUAAGUAACAGUUUAAACAGUAUAUAACCUCCACGAAUAGUAACGUUGCGUAUUUCCUACUUAGGUAUACCGAAGGGUCAACAAUAUCGAAAAUUGUUACUAAGCAGGUCACAUCUCAUCGGAGGUUUUCAGGGGUAACUUGCCUAUAACAAGCCAACCUACGCUUUUUUCUGGCCUGAACUCCAAUUCCUACUAUUCAUUAUACUUCUCCUCGACCAAUUCAUCCUGGGCAAAUUUAAACGAAAAUUUAGACGCUAAAAUUGCCCAAGAUCCAAGAUGAGUACCGCAGUCAGCGACAGCAAAGUCCCCAAAGACAUCAAAGAGCGCAUCAAAGCCUCCUACGACGCCAUCGCGCCCAAAUACAAUGAAUGGACAUCUCGCAACAAGGAGAUGCGAACGGGGUACUUAGAAAAAGUAUUCGACCUCCUCCAAGUCUCCAGUUCCCCCACAGAACUCCACUUCCUUGAGCUCGGGUGCGGCGCAGGACUCCCGAUUACGCGGAUAUUGUUACAAUCCAACCCCAAGGUCCGCGUCACUGCCAAUGAUUUAUCAACCGCUCAGAUUGGGCUGGCGAAGGAGAAUUUACUUGGGUCGGCGGAGGAAAAUGCUGGGAACGCGGAACGAUUGGCACUUGUCGAGGGUGAUAUGACCAAACUCUCGUUCCCGGACCAAUCCCUCGAUGCCGUGUUCGGUUUCUACAGUUUAAUCCACCUCCCGCGUGAGGAGCAGACCGAAAUGAUCAAGAAAGUCGCGGGAUGGUUGAAGCCUGGCGGUUAUCUCCUCGUUAACUUCGCUGAAGCCGACACAGAAGCCAUUGUAAUGGAGAAGUGGCUCGACGAGAAGGACUGGAUGUUCUGGAGUAGCUGGGGCAAAGAGAAGACGUUAAAGAUUAUAGAGGAGGCAGGACUAGAUAUUGUUUUAAGUGAAUUUAGUACAGACGUCGUCGAUGCCUCGUUCCUUUGGGUCAUUGCGAAGCGAUGAGGUCGCCUAGUUGUAUGGAAUCCUCAUCACAGCAAUCCUCCAACAAUACUAUCCGCUAGUUAGUUUUUGCUCAACUAGACACAAUUUUAUGCCUUGAAACUCAUUACGCGAAAAAAU